UAGUCUAGAAUGGAAAUGUAAUUUAGAAUUAAGCACUUCUGAUAUAUGUAAAACGAUAGUGUAUACGGUAUUAUGAGGGCUUUUUUUCCAUCAGGGCAUCCACCUGCUUCCUGCUAUUCUUCCACAGGAAACUCGGGGGGCCACCGCAACCUCUUCCUCAAACCAAGGCACCCACUGACACACACCCAUACACACGCUUCUCAGCAGGACUUCAUAUUACUACGUGCUUUCAGCGCAGGAAAUGGUUUUGGAGAUACUGAUUAAAACUUCAGCCAAAUGCAGACUCGCAAGAACAUUUCAGGGCAGAUUAACUUCUCUGUUUUUCUCUUUUAUACACAUACAUAGGCAUCAUAUCCUGAUAUCAGGGAUACAUAUUCCCAGUGACAACUUGUAUUUAGUCCUGUGUAGCCGGAUGAGUGUAAAACCCUUUGGAUUGAGCCAUGGAGCAGUUCUGUCUUCUCAUUGCCCUCGUUGCAUCUUCAUCCAUCAUCUCAGCAGGAAAUGACACAAACAUAAGUGCAGCACCAUCAAAUACUGCCACUUUGUCUCAGUGGCCCACUGAUUCAAGCAUAAUCCAAAGAUCUUUCGAACAAACAGUGACUCCCAAUCCUACAUCUCACCAUGAGAAUAUUAUGACCAGCCAAACCUCUAAACCAGUAAGCACAGCAGUCAUAGUCCCUUUAUCUUCCAGCCUGACAGGCAGCACUGUUGGAUCCAGCCUCUCUUCAUGCACAUCAGGGCAUUCCGUUACGACAUCAACACCAGAAUCCUACUCUGACACCAGUCAAAAUGCUGUCUCAUCCUCACUGGCCAAUACAACAGGUUUUCCUAAAUUUACAAAGACUUCAACUCCAACAAUUCAUUCAAACACUUUAGGAGGAAUGACAGGAUGGACAGCAGCACCUACGCAGGCACCAGACAACAACCUCACUAUUCUUGCCUUUGGUUCGAUGAGUUUUAUACUCAUUUUAAUUGUUGUCAUGGUGAUAUUGGUGACCACUAUCAACCUCAUGGGAUGGUGUCGAAGCACAAAGCAGCAGGAGGGUAUUAAAAGCUGCAACUCUGUGGUGCCUGAUAGCAACAUGACCAACAACUGUGAGAAAGAGAGCAUCACUCUUGUCUCUGUGAGGACAAUAAAUACAGACAAUGAAACAGAUUUGCCCCAGCUUUCUUCAGUUUGCUGCACUAUAGUAGACAAUGAAGACCAAGAACUCAACAGAGACCUGCUGGGCAUCAAAUGCGGGCUUUAAUUUCACUUAAAUCACAGAGAGAAUGACAAAAGAUCCCUCUUCAUGUUUAUUUGAUAUAUUUAUGAAGUUGCAAAAGUAGGUUCGGGAGGAGCGCGCUCAUCAAGCCUGCCAAUCAUAUCCCAAGGAUUUAUAAGCAGCUGCUUCUCUCACACCAUUGACUAUUCUUCCGGCAUCCCAAUGCCUCCCCAUCUCCCCCUUUAUAUUUCAUAAUACCUAUACAAGGUUUUUUUUUUUAAUUGCCUUUCUUUUCCUUGCUCUAGACAGCAAGGAAAAGAACAGGAGGUUCAAGCACAGGACUGGUCUUCAGUCAGACUGUCACGGUCCUGUCACUCUGUCAGUUUGUUUUUUUUGUCUGACAGGACUGUGGUAUUAUCAUCAUAUGUCUGUCAUGUGUUUCAUUGUCUAUCUUUAUGUGAGCGUGCGGUUUCGGUUGAAUUCCCUGCCGUGCGCUCUUCGGUCUGUCUUUUUUCAUGUCUGGAGUAUGUUGUCUGGGUCCUGACUUCCUGUCUGGUUCAGUUUCAGUCUGUGUCGGGAUCCGGACACUCAUAAUCCAUGUCUGUCUUUUAUUGAUGUGGGCGUAUCGCAUUUAUGUCAUCUUGGCAGCAUGCACUUGCGUCAAUAUUUUAUGUCUGUUUCUUAUGAAUACGGCUUGCGUUGCACUGCGCACCCGGGUCUUGAGCUGUCUUAAUGUUGUGCUGAGGUUUGGUCACUUUGGUAUGAGAUUUCGGGUUUGUGUGCGGCCGAACACUUGCACAGGUGUCCUGUCUUGUUUUUGUUGCCUGCUGUGUGCAUCACGUGGCGUUUGAUUUGCAAUGUACGCUCAGGUUUCAUUUAGUGUGAGAAUCCGUGGAAUGCUACGCAUUCUCUUGUCUUGUUUGUUGGUUGGCAUGAGCGUACAUUGACUUAUUGUCUUGGCGAUGUGCACUCAUGCCAUUCAGGUGUUUCGUUGUAUUGUGAGAGCACGUGGCUUUUUUUUGUUUCUGUAUCGCCGCAUGCCUCUCUGUCUUGCGUCAUACCCCACCUCCUUGUUUCCCCAUUAUUAACACCUGUCUUGUUAACCUGUUGAUUUCUCUACCUAAUUUAGUCUCCAGGUGUUUGCUGUCCAGUGCCAGUUUGUCUUGUUUCCAGUCUUGUGUGUCUUGUGUGAUCCAGUCGGUCUUGUGUUGUCGUCGGUUCUGUUUGUUCCUCAUCCCAUCCCAUCCGGUCCGGUUGGUCCUGGUAUUUCCAGAGGGAAACGGGGAGUUUCCCUCUGCCCCAGCCCUGACUUGUUUGUUUUCCCCAAUGGGGUUUUUAUGUUUGUUUUCCCCCUUGUGGGAGUUUUGGUUGAGUUUUUCCUCUUUAUUUCGUAUUUAAUGAAUUUUAUUUCUUCAACUCUGCGUCUGGGCCCUGUCUCUGCAUUCUCUGACACAGAAUCUGACUCAAGCCCAGUCCUGUGCUCAAGCACAGUUGUGGACAGCAUGCCAAAUCUGUUUACCCUAAUGCAUUCCAAGACUAUAUGGACAAGUUAAAUCAUGAAAUAAUGUUUAUUGUAUGUGAAUAAAUAUGCAUUUGGUCAGAGUGCUAAUCACACAUUGUCAACAACAUGCUUAUAGCAUAGAGUGAUGCACUGCCUAUAAAGUGGACCAUAAUACUGCCCUCAUAUAUCUUGGCAAAUCCUUCAUUAUUAAAUAAAAUGUCUGUUCCAUAUUUCUAAGAUAUUACAGUGCAUUUGUUUUCAAAUGUCAAGUAUUUAUACACAUUAUAUUAUUCGAAAAACAUGUUUAUUGGGAAGAAUUUUGCUUGU